UUGUUUCAGGGUGCAAUGCAGCAAAAUCCAAACAUGUCUCAAAAUGACGCCAUUUGCCACUUGAUGGGCAUCUAUAUGAUCGGUUUCCUCAGCACUCUCUCAGCAGCCAUCAUCUACCUCCUUUUCAUUUGGCUAUCUCAAAAACAUGCCUCCCUUCAACAUUUCUCAUUUCUUUGCAUCUGUGGAGCCUUUCACUGGAUUCCAUUCACCCUUGUUGCUUACGCCACAAUGUUUGCUAAUGUUGCGUUAAAUCCAGUACACUUUUCAAUCUCAGUUGCUAUUGCCUACUUAACUCAUGGCUUGAUACUUAGCGUCCUUACCUGCACUUUGACCCCUUUUCUUUCUGGACAACAAGAGAAAGAGCAAUCCCACCUUAAGACUUGGCUUCGCCAUCGAAUUACUAUUGCCUGCCACCUUAGAUUCGCCAAGCUCCUGUCAGGAACAGAAGCCUUUUGCGUGUACUUACGCCUCCUUGGUGCAAAGGUUGGGAAACACUGUUCUAUCAGGGCCAUCAACCCUGUAUCAGAUCCUGAAUUGAUUACACUAGGUGCUGGCGUUCAUCUUGGUGACUUCAGUCGGAUAAUUGCUGGGUUCUAUUCAGCCAAUGGGUUCACACAAGGGAAAAUUGAGGUGCAGGAAAAUUCAGUUGUUGGGAGUCAGAGUCUGGUUCUCCCUGGCUCAGUUGUUCAGAAAGAUGUAAUUCUUGGUGCUCUUUCAGUUGCUCCAUUGAAUUCAGUUCUUCAUAGCGGUGGCGUUUAUAUUGGGUCUCAAACUCCUAUUAUGAUCAAGAACACUAUGCAUGCUUUGGAUGACAGAAUUGAAGAGAUGGACACUAAAUAUAAGAAGAUAGUUGGUAAUCUAGCUGCAAAUUUGGCCGCCACAACUUUGAAGGUCAAAUCAAGGUACUUCCAUCGAAUUGGUGUUAGUGGGAAGGGAUACCUGCACAUUUAUGACAACAUCAAAGGAUUCCCUGAACACAAGAUUUUCCAUGCUGGUAAGAGGUAUCCCAUUGUAAUUCGCCACAGCAAUAGCUUAAGUGCUGAUGAUGAUGCAAGAAUGGAUGCACGUGGUGCAUCGAUAAGAAUACUUUCAAAUGAAAAAGAACUUAGAGGUAAGGCCUCAAUCCUUGACCUGACACUGAAAACAGGCAACGCAUUCUAUGCCCGAACAAUUGCUGAUUUUGCAACAUGGCUAGUGUGUGGACUUCCAGCAAGGGAGGAAUUUGUGAAACGGGCCCCACAUGUCCGUGAUGCAGUGUGGACGUCUCUUCGCAAUGCCGAUUCAUAUGCUGAGCUACAUUACUACUCCAAUAUUUGCAGGCUUUUCAGGUUCACAGAUGGACAGGAGAUGUAUGUGAAAUUCAAGCUGCGUCCUUGUGAUGAACGCAUCACUGAGGAUUCGGGUAAGGUGGAGCCUACGGGAAUUCUCCCACCAGAAACUGGUGCAAUUCCAAGGGAUGAUAAAGACACUCGCCCCUUACUUUUCCUUGCAGAAGACUUCCAUAGGCGAGUAAGUUCACCUGGUGGGGUCCGCUACAUUUUCCAGCUGCAAGUCCGAGCAGUUCCAACCGAUGAAGCCACUCGUGACAUAGCACUUGACUGCACCAGACCAUGGGAUGAGACUGAAUUCCCAUACAUUGACGUUGGGGAAAUUAUUAUUGAUCAAAAUCUCACCAGUGAAGAAUCAGAAAGACUCGAGUUCAAUCCUUACCUUAGAUGUUCUGAGGUGGAUGUUAUCAGAGCCACAUCAUGCUCCCAAAGUGCAUCAAUUGAUCAUGGUCGUUCUUUGAUCUAUGAAAUUUGUCAGCAUUUGCGAAAUGGGGAACCCUUUCCAGAGGCUUGGAGAAUAUUUAUAGAGCAGUCUGAUGUUAAAGUAGACCUUUCAGGUUGUCCUAUGGCUGCAAUGUUGGAGAGAAAAGAUUCAGGAAAAGUAACUCUAGCAAGAAAUUGGUAUCAAACCUCAUGGGCCAUUUUUGCUCAGCCAUUGUUACAAACAUUGUUUCCAUAUUUCCUCUUGGGGUUGGUAAUCUUUACUCCUUUAAACUGGGUCUUUUCCUUGAAGGAAAGCAAGCAACUUUCACUUCGUUGGUUACUUCCUUUGGUUUGGGUUUCUUCAGGGAUUCUUGCUGCAAUAGCUUGUAUUCUGGUCAAAUGGAUUCUUGUUGGAAAGAAGAAAGAAGGUGAAACAGUAUUGAUUUGGAGUAAAGGGGUCUUCAUGGAUACGAUAUGGCAGGCUUUUAGAACCGUAGUUGGGGAGUAUUUCAUGGAAAUGACAAGUGGGUCCAUCCUGUUCAAUUUAUGGUUGAAAUUGAUGGGUGCAGAAAUUGAAUUGGAUCAAGGGGCCUACAUAGAUAGCAUGGGAGCUUCAUUGAAUCCAGAAAUGGUGGAGAUACAGAAAGGUGGUUGUGUUGGAAAAGAAGCUCUUUUGUUUGGACACAUAUAUGAAGGAGAUGAAGGAAAGGUUAAGUUCGGAAAAAUAAGAGUUGGAGAAAGUGGGUUUGUGGGAAGCAGAGCAAUUGCCAUGCCAGGGGUAGUAGUGGAAAGUGGAGGCAAUCUCAGUUCUCUUUCACUUGCCAUGAAAGAAGAAAUAGUUAGGUCCAAGUAAAGUGUCAGUCGCAUAUGCUGUUUUGUCUGUCCUAAUUUACUCAUUUUGUAAUACCAAUCUGGCUGGCCUCCCGAAUAAAUUUACCAGCUUUAUAGCAACUGAUAAGAAAUGAAUAAUUUUUAUUGGAACUCUGAUUA